UCGCGUCAGCCUGAUGCUUGUCCCUCUCAAAUUAUCAUCGAAUUCUCUAGCAUCAACUCCCGCAAGGCGUCUCCUGGUCCUUCGAUUCGAAAUGAAGCCAAAUCCACUUCCCUUCCUACACGAGAGGUGGCAUGGUGUCCCGAAACCAACCCCGGAUUUCAUCGGCAAGGCUGUCAUUGUCACCGUCAAACACUGGGAUUGGCUUCCAUGCAGCCUCUACCUUCGCGGAGCUUGGGGCAGAGCUCGUCAUUCUACCCGUCCAGGACGCGUCCAGAGUUGCAACGGCGCAAGAGAAAAUCAAGGCCAAAUUCCCAGGCUCGGAUGUGCAGGUAUGGGAAGUCAACAUGGCGGAUUAUGAGAGCGUCGAGAAAUUUACCGCCAAAGCGAACGACCUGCCGCAUCUGGACAUACUCGUCCCCAACGCUGGCGUGGUGCCUGGACACUUCACCUUGGGCAAAGAAGGCUGGGAGACUUGUUUAUAGAUCAACGUUCUAUCAACAGCAUUGCUCCGGCUUCUAUUGGUGCCCAAACCGAGGACCGGGCGAGGCACGCAUCUUUUGGUUGUUACGUCGGAAGCUCAUCGGUGGCUGGAGGCUUGUGACUUUCCUGACGACGCCUCACCUCUGCUCGCUGUCAGCGAAAACCGCGGAGACUGUAACCCACUCCUGCAGAACGCGAAGUCCAAAUUGUUUGCCAUGUAUGUGGCCAGUGAACUAAGCUCCAUGGCUCACGGCAGCGUUGUGGUCACAUCUCUAUCCCGGGUGCUCGCAAAUCCGAUCUCAUGAGAUACCAGCUAUAUAACG